AUGAGACGUACCAAGAUCAAGGUCACCUUGGCUGGAUCGCUGGUCUACUUCUUCGACGUUUGGGUCGGCGAAAUGACGGACCAGGAUGCGAUCCUCGGCAUGGAUUUUAUGGUCCCAGCGGGAAUUCGUCUGGACUUGGCCGACAGGACGUUGUGUCUGCCGGACGAGAUUCGCAUCCAGCUGUCAGGACGGCGCCCGUUGUACGGUGAACACGUCAGCGCAGUUCGCCUUGAGGAACUCGAGGUUAUCGAAGCUGGCCAGGAGAUCGAAAUACCGCUGCGAUCCAAACCGUCGGAGAAGUUGUGGCUCACACGCGGAGAACACUGGAUCCCUACGUUGAUCGAAGGAUCUGGAUGGCGACAAUACCUGCAGGUGACCAACAUCAGCGCUCGGACCAGGUGUCUGCCCGCCCACACUCAGGUGGGAAUGUGGCUGUUAGGCGGUCGGGUGCCAAGACGUCAAGGCUUUGUCACCGUUGGAUCGCGUCAGUACGCAGAGUGGCAGAACUUGGUGCUGCAAGCAACCACGGAUGCGACGAGCUAA